AUGCUGAGAAUCUGUGGAAAUACUUCAGUGGCCGUGUCUAUAGGAAUUUCCCUUCUUUUACUGUUGGUGAUAUGUGGAAUCGGGUGUGUUUGGCAGUGGAAACACCAGAAUACCAUGCAAUUUACCUUACCAAAGUUUUUGCAGAGGAGGAGAAGCAGGAGAAAAGACUGUACUAAAACAUUCUUCUUGAGUCCCCAGUUUAUCAGCCCAAGGCAUAAAAUCUCAGUUCCAACUCAAGACCGCCAUUCUGCUGGGAAGGACGCUAACAUCCAUGACAACUAUGAAAAUGUGAAAGUGCGUCCUCCCGAAGCUGAAAGAGAAACGGACAAGAAACUGUAUGAAAAUACUUGGCAGACCAAUCCCGAGGAGCAUAUCUACGGAAACGAGACACCGUGUGACUAUUAUAACUUCAAGAAGCCUAGUACUUCUGAAGCCCCUCAAGAGGAAGACAUAUAUGUUCUUCCAGAUUCAUAUUAA